CUCCCCAACACUCCUCGUUUUAAUAGGCAGAAAUAGAGAGAUGCUAUCUGUGUGACAAUUUGGGGGAGAGAGAGAGAGGACUCAGUUUCAGAGAGAGAAAGAGUUUUUCACUCAGAGAAGGUGAGUGAGAGAGAGCAUCCUGUACGCCAUUAAUGUCUCUCAGAACGAAAGCGUGACCUCUCGCUUUUUCACGGAUUUUGUCUCAGAACAGAACACACCCUACGAAGCUCACUGAAUAUAGUGAGAGAUGGCCAUGGACUUGAGUCAAGUGACGUUGGAGAUCUUUUCUAAGCUUGAGCAGAAGUGGCUUUACCACUGCGAAGGCAAAAAGACGAGAGUUCUCAGUAUAGACGGCGGCGGAACCACAGGCAUUGUCGCUGGUGCUGCCUUGAUCCACCUCGAAGAUCAGAUCCGAGCCAAAACUGGAGAUUCUAACUCUAGAAUCGCCGAUUUCUUCGACAUAAUCGCUGGUACUGGAAUCGGCGCUCUCUUCGCCUCAAUGCUCACCGCCGACGAUGGCAAUGGCCGUCCACUCUUCACCGCCAAAGACGCCGUCCAGUUCGUCAUUCAGAAACAGUCCGAACUGUUCAAGGUCAAAAACGUUGGCGUUUUUCGCCGGCAUCAGCGGUUUUCAAGCAUGAGCAUGGAUAAGGUGUUGAAAGAGUUGUUGAGGAGAGAGGACGGUAAGGUGUUGACGUUAAAGGACACGUGUAAGCCUCUGCUUGUGCCUUGCUUUGACCUCAACAGCUCAGCGCCGUUCGUUUUCUCACGAGCCGACGCGUCCGAGUCACCGAGUUACGAUUUCGAGCUCUGGAAGGUGUGCCGUGCCACGUUAGCCACUCCGUCCAAGUUCAGGCCCUUUAACCUAGCGUCUGUUGAUGGAAAAACAUCUUGUUUGGCCGUCGACGGCGGUCUCGUCAUGAACAACCCAACAGCAGCAGCCAUCACUCACGUCCUGCACAACAAACGUGACUUUCCUGCCGUUACCGGUAUCGAAGACCUCUUAGUUCUCUCUCUUGGUAACGGACCUUCCAGCAGUCCGUCUCACUUGAAGCUCCGUCGUAACGGUGACUGCGCGACGUCUUCAGUCGUCGACAUAGUUCUUGACGGCGUCUCAGAAACCAUAGACCAAAUGUUAGGCAACGCCUUUUGUUGGAACCGCUCUGAUUACGUCAGAAUUCAGGCGAACAGUUACGGGAGUGGAGGAGUGGGGCCGAGAAUGAAGGAAAUCAUGGAGGAGAAGGGGAUAGAGUCGUUACCUUUUGGCGGUAAACGGUUACUGAUGGAGACUAACGGACAGAGAAUCGGAAGCUUCGUGCACCGGCUUAUUGCUUUGGGAAGGAGUAGUCUGCCACCAAGUCCUUGCAAGGAUACCAUCGUUAGCCCACUGGCUAACGGCCGUUAGUUCUUCCUCUUUCACUAUAGUAAUUUAGCACUUGUUUCGAAGUUUAUAAUGGUAGUGUCCCAAUAAUAGUGAUCUGUUUAGCUUUAAAUUUCUCUUCCCCCCUCUAUCUAUCUCAUUGAAUUUGUUAAGCGUUUAUCUGCAAGAAGCUGGAUUUAUUUGAUGACUUGCCAAUUGCC